GAACUAUGAAGUUGGGGUGUUAUUUUUUUAAUGCACAGUUUUGGGUAUUCGAGAAAAGGUUAGAGUUUCAAGAGACCCCAGGGAUUGUUGAGUUUUGUGAAUCACCUUGUCUUCCGUGGAGAUAGAUUAUUAUUAUUAUUAUUAUUAUUUCCCUUCUUUCUGUUAUUAUAGUAUUCCAAGUUCAGAAUUUUUGCACUAUCUUAAUCUGAGACUUGGACCUUGCAUUUAAGUUCAAUAUUCCAAGUUCAGAAUUUUUGCACUAUCUUAAUCUGAGACUUGGACCUUGCAUUUAAGUUCAAGUAGACAUUUUGUCAAUGUCGAAUUCAAGGGUGUUAGAAUUGGCCAUUGGAGAUUUAAGUUAGUUUGGGAUUGCGGUGUGUGGGGUCUGAUGAAAAGUGGGUAUAGGAAAGAGAAGAAUGAAGAUGAAAAAUUUUGGUGAAAAUAAGGUUGAGAAGUUGAGAAGUUCAAUGAUUCUGAGGUCUCGGAUGAAGCUAUGGAUGAUCCGAGCAAUAACAAUGGUACUGCUUUGGACCUGUUUUCUUCAGUUGAUGACGCUGGGAGAGAUGUGGGGGUCAAGAUUGUUGAAGGGUUGGCCUUCUUGUUUCAGCCAUUCCAAUUUGCCUCUGGCUGUUGAAUCCUCUUCUUUCCCUGAUAAAGUCAUUCUUCCUCCAAAGAGAAUUUAUAAGAAUAAUGGUUAUCUCAUGGUUUCCUGCAAUGGAGGACUUAAUCAAAUGCGAGCAGCGAUAUGUGACAUGGUCACCAUCGCCAGAUAUUUAAAUGUCACUCUAAUUGUCCCGGAACUGGAUAAAACCUCAUUUUGGAAUGAUCCAAGUGAGUUCCAAGACAUAUUUGAUGUUGAUCACUUUAUUACUUCCCUAAGGGAUGAGGUUCGUAUACUGAAGGAGCUACCACCACGGGUCAAGAAAAGAGUUGAAUCAGGAAUGUUCUACUCUCUGCAACCAAUUAGUUGGUCUGACAUUUCUUAUUACCUUGAUCAGAUUCUUCCUCUUGUUCAGAAGCACAAAGUUGUACGGUUGAAUAAAACUGAUGCUCGGCUUGCUAAUAAUGGAUUGCCUCUUGAGAUUCAGAAACUGCGUUGCCGUGUUAAUUUUAAUGCCUUGAGAUUCACCUCCCAGAUAGAGGAGUUGGGUAGAAGGAUUGUGGGGAUUCUGAGGGAAAAAGGUCCUUUCUUGGUUCUUCAUCUCAGAUAUGAAAUGGACAUGUUGGCAUUCUCUGGCUGCACUCAUGGUUGCAAUAGUGAGGAGGAGGAAGAGCUAACAAGAAUGAGAUAUGCUUACCCUUGGUGGAAGGAAAAAGUCAUUGAUUCUGAAAUGAGAAGGAAAGAAGGUUUGUGCCCUUUGACACCCGAAGAAACUGCUCUGGUGUUAUCAGCACUUGGAAUAGAUCGAAAUGUUCAAAUUUACAUUGCUGCUGGAGAAAUUUAUGGUGGUGAAAGAAGGAUAGCAACACUGGCUUCAUCUUUUCCUAACUUGGUCAGGAAAGAGACUCUGCUGGAAGCAUCAGAUUUGAAAUUCUUCGAAAAUCACUCGUCGCAAAUGGCAGCAUUGGAUUAUCUUGUCUCCUUAGAGAGUGAUAUAUUCAUCCCUACUUAUGAUGGAAACAUGGCUAAAGUUGUUGAAGGCCAUCGAAGAUUCUUAGGAUUCAAGAAGACCAUUUCAGUGGACAGAAAGCUCCUCGUUGGUUUAGUAGAUCAGUACAAUAAUGGUUCAAUUAGUUGGGAUGAAUUCUCUUCCAUUGUGAAGGAAGUUCAUGCCAACAGAAUGGGGAGCCCUAAGAAACGAAAUGCAAUUCCAGAUAGACCCAAGGAAGAAGAUUACUUCUAUGCCAAUCCACAUGAAUGUUUGCAGUUGUUAGAUGAACCAUUGAGAAGUACAUGAUCCAAACUUCAUCCAUACUCAUAUACUCUAUAUGCUUGUUUCACAUAGGUUUGGGGAGAAUUCAGUUCCUAAAGACUGGAUAAUCGUUAUAAGCAUCCAAAAUUAUUUAUCUUUCAAUAUUGUAGAAUAAUCAAAUUCAUGUAUA